AUGGCGGUUGUGCGCCGAGAAACCCGGCCUCGCUACCACUGGCCAGAGGCCCAGCUCAACGUCUGGCUCAUCGUCGUGCUUGCGGGCUCGGCAACAUGUCUUGGGAUAUUCGCUUGGUUUAUGAUGGUGCAAACACAAAUGAACCUGGGGAUACCUUGGCUCUUCCCCUACAUGGUCGUGGUCAGUGCCCUGGGCGUUUCCUUCAUUUUCCUCGUCCUCGGUCUUAUCGCCAGCCAUUUCCUGCUCCCGGGCAUCCUCAUCCUCGGCAGUUUCAUACUCUUCGUCCUGUGGUUAACAGGCCUCAUUGAAACCUCGGUGCAGCUGUACGGCGCCUCGGGCAACGUCAAUGACAACUGCCAGAUUUACGUGGUCGAUAAUGUUUCCAAGGGGAACGACAUCAAUACAAUGGCGUGGAUCAUGCAAAGCACACUCUGUAACUGCUGGAAAACUGCGUUUGCCUUUGAGCUUGUCAACACCGUCUUCUAUCUAUGGAUGAUAGUCAUGUCGUGGCAGGUGCAUCGGGAUUACUACCAUUAA